AUGGCAUCGGCUCAGGCUCAAGACGAAGAUAUACAGCGCACUCUGCAGUUCACUUCGCUGCAUCUGCAACUUGUUCCUCUCCAAACCACAGAAGGAACCAUCCUCUGUGACACUUCCACAGGUUGUCCUAGACCCCUCGUGCCCGUCUCCUUCAGACGCACAGUCUUUGACUCACUUCACUCACUAUCACAUCCCGGUAUCCGUGCAUCUUUGAACCUGGUCACCGAACAUUUCUUUUGGCCACGUGUAAACAAAAAUGUUCGUUCCUGCGCUCGCGCCUGCCUUCAAUACCAGCGCUCCAAAGUACAUCGUCACACCCGCAGUCCUCUUGGUUCAUUUCCUGCCCCGGACUCUCGGUUCUCGCAUGUACACUUAGACCUGGUAGGUCCCUUGCCUCCGUCACGCGGAUUCGUAUACAUUCUUACAUGUGUUGACCGCUUCACCAGAUGGCCAGAAGCCAUCCCCGUAACAGACUGCACAGCUAAGACUGUUAUCCUAGCCUUCUUAGGUCGUGCGGCGCCCUCUCCAGCCUCCCUACACUGGCCCAUUCAGAGUUCUGCAACGGACUCCGAAACAUUUUACAUUUUAGACCAGAAUGGUCACCGAACAACGGUGUCCAUCAACCGCCUCAAAGUGGCUUUCUUUGACGAGCCACUUGCAACCCAUCCUGAUGCUCUCGCACAAGCACCCGCACUUGUGGUGACUUCCCGAGCACUGGAUAGCCCGGAAUCUUCUGUACCCCUUGACCCUCCACCUAUCCCGCCUCAACCCCAGGCAACCGACCGACGCGGUAGACAGGUCAAACGUCCGGUCCGUUUUUCAGAUUUUGUGAAAGUUUACUAUUUCCAUUAA